UUCUCUUUUUCUUUUUUUUAAAUAUUGAUUCCCUUUUGUUGCCCUUGUUGUUUUAUUGUUGUAGUUAUUGUUGUUGUUGUUGGAUAGGACAGAGAGAAAUGGUGAGAGCAGAGGAAGACAGAAAGGAGGAGAGAAAGAGAGACAGACACCUGCAGACCUGCUUCACCACUUGUGAAGGGACUCCCCUGCAGGUGGGGAGCCGGGGGCUGGUUCUUGCACUUGAAGCCAUGUGCGCUUAACCCACCGCGCUACUCCCUCAUUCUCUUUUUCUAAGGGGGCCUGAGGAGAGGAAGGGAAUAAAUAGUACUGGAGGCUAGGCCUGAUUUUUUUUUUUCCUCAAAGGUAAAGAUUCUAUUUUAAUUAAGAUUAAAAUAAUGUCAUUGUUUCUGAUGUGAAAAAAUAUGUGUUGUCUGAUAUUUUCUUUUGGACUUCUUGGUGCAACAAUUGAAAUAUGUCUCCUUUCAGAGUUUAGGGGCCAUAAUUGCAGCAUCCCUUGCCCUGGUUCAUAGUGGCUCUUUGGUUAGUUGAUAUUGACAGAGCUGGUUUGCUUUUCUUUCUUUCUCCUCUUCCUUUCUUUUCUUUUCCUUCUGGAGCCCAGCCCCUCUCUUCUAUUCCCCUCCCAUUUCCAUUUACUCUUACAGUUCUCUCCUCCUCCUCCCCUCCUCCCCUCUCCUCCCCCUUCCUAGUUUCUCCCCUCCCCUGGUUUCCAGCUCCUUUUUGCUUUCUGUUUGUGUUACUGAGGGCAGUGCUCCAAUUACCUCAUAUUUGGAGAGAGGAAGCAGCAGCCAAUUGGGUUUCUGUCUGCUUUUAGGUCAAGUGAUUUCUGAACUGCAGUGAGAUGCUUUGAAUUUGUCUUGUUGCAGCUCUGAGCCUGUAAGAUGGCUGUCUGAAUCGGCAGCAGCGGCUAGAAGAGACAGAAAGGCGGGGAGGGAGGGAGAAAGAAUUGGAGGGCUUGCCAGCGUAGUACAUGUUUUCAAGCGUACAUCUAAUCCAAUGAAGUCAAGGUUGGGAUUUCUCUGUCAUCACAGGACUGGUUUAGCGGUGUUUUUGCUGAGAUUAGGAUAGGAAAGAGAUGGGAAAUUCUCUGGGCUGUGUUAAGGAGCCAAAAGAUCCUAUAGCUAUUCCCGAGAAGGCUCCCAUAUCUCCUAAGAAAAGGGUUCGGUUCAAAAGGAAGUGGAGGGGGAAGAAAACCCUUACUCCGGAGGCAUCUCAUGAUGAGCCCUCGGAAGGAACCGGAGUCACUGAAGAGACUGAAGCCCUAAGGAAGUUAACAGUGAGUCUUCGGAAGGAAGAAGGAGUGGGAGGGGCAGAGCACCCUCCCCCAGACAUUUUACUGCCGGGAGACUCGGCCCCCAAGCGGGGGGUAGGAGAUCAGGGAAUGAUCGUUCAGGUGAAGGAGAGAUUCCAAGGGAAGAUCCAGAGGGCUCACCUUUUGUUGGAGAAUGAGUCAUCAGUUGCUGGAGGGGUCUGGGAUUCCCUGGAAGAGGGAACAACUGUCAUCGCUCACCUGCUUGAUAACCCAGCAGAAAGGAACUGUGAGAAGUCAGUAAGCCAACUGGUGGAAUUUCCGAGGACAGCAUCCUGCAGCAGCAGAGCUGUGCUGCUGCCUUUGCAGGGAGAGACUGCAGUGAAGAAUGGAGCCACUCAGCUUGGCUGUCGGAGUGGCAUCUUCCCCAGGGCAAACUACCCCACGAACAUAAGAAGCCAAAAUCAACUUUUAGAAGGCUGGAGUGUUGGGAAAGAAAGCAAGGGUAUUUUAAGUGCCUCUCAGGCAGGUUCUUGGAUUACAGAAUGUUCUGUGUCUUCAUCACUACUGGGCCAGUCAAGAGGCCACAGGCACCUGGAACCUGCCCACAUGGGUCAAACCCUCCCUGAGGGUUCCCGUCUGCCUAAUUCUCAGAGUGAUCUCUCCGUCACUGGCAUGACCGUGAGCAUUUUGCCCUCCUCCUCUGGCUAUGGCAGCGAUGGGCCACACUUACGUGGGAUCCAGCCAAAAGAGACAGAGCCUGAAAAGAGCUCCUUAUCCUUCUCAGAAGAGGAUGGCACCCUUUCCUUGGAGGCAAGCCAUAACCACCAUGGGGUCUAGAGGGGGUUGGUGGGCAUGUUCAAGGGAUAAAA